AUGGAUUUAGAAUUACUUUUAAAUUUUUCUAAAAAUUUUGCCAAAUAUUUAGAAAAUCCAGACGAAUAUAAUGUUAUAAUACGAAUCGGAGAGGGUCCAAAUGUAAAGACUUUUAAGGCACAUUCAUUCGUGCUAAAAGCACAAUGUCCUUAUUUUAAAGCCGGUUUAUCAAGUGAAUGGGUUAAAAAAGAAGGUGACCAGAUCGUAUUCGAAAAGCAGAAUAUAUCUGCUGAUGAUUGUUUUCCUUUAAAAAUAAUUGAUCUUUUAUGUGCCGCUGAUGAACUAAUCCUUCCCGAGAUGAUUUCUUAUGUGGAAGAAAAAUUCAUUCUCAAACAUAGUAAAUGGUUAUAUGAAAAUUUUGAUAAAAUUCUUCAUACAGCAUUUAAACAUGAUCUUUGGAAAAAACUUCAAGAAUUUUGUUUAGAUUAUAUAUGCCCUGAUCCUGAUAUAGUAUUUCGAUCAAGUUCUUUUCUUCAAUCUGAUGAAUUAAUUUUAGAAAAUUUACUUCAACGUGAUGAUUUAAUCAUGAAAGAAAUUACAAUUUGGGAUUUUCUUGUACAAUGGGGAUGUGGUCAAGCACCUUCACUCGGUGAUAAUGUUACGGAAUGGUCUGAUGAAAAUUUUUUAAUUUUAAAAGAAAGAUUACAUAAAUGUAUACCUCAUAUUAGAUUAUCUGCAAUAUCACCAGAUGAUUUUUACGCGAAGGUUAGACCAUUUAAAAAAAUUUUCCCUGAGGAAUUAUAUGAAGAAGUUCUUUGGCAAUAUAUUAAACCUAAAAAUGCUCUUAAAUUCGAUUUAAUUCAUCCUCCACGAUCAGACCCGGUAAAUUCUUAUAUUAUUAAUCUUAAACAUGUUGCAAUGAUUGCUAGUUGGGUGGAUCGUAAACCUCAAGGCUACAGUUUUGAUGGUCAGGAUAAACCUAUACUUAGUAGGGUUCGUUCGAAUCAUAUUGAUAAUGCUAUUUAUAUUUAUCCAAGUUAUGGUCCUCAAUGGGGUCAAAAUGAUUUGAAAACUUGGGGAAGUUUUAAUGCGGAUUGUUGUCAGUGUUUACGUCAGAGAUAUGAAUUUCCAAUUAGGUCGAGUCCUGACGUGUUUUCAGCUGAGGAAUUUGAGGUUUUUCAUUUAGUUAAAAGGCAAUAA